UGUGCUGUGCCCGCAGGAGAUGCUGCAGGACAAGGGCCUGUCGGAGAGCGAGGAGGCCUUCAGGGCCCCGGGCCCAUCGCUCGGCGAGGCCAGCGCUGCCAGUGCCACCGCCGCCCCUGAGCCCGCGCUGGCCGCGCCGGGCCUCAGCGGAGCCGCGCUCGGCAGCCCUCCUGGCGCCGGUGCCGACGUCGCCGCCGCCGCUGAGCAGACCGUGGAGAACAUCAAGGUGGGGCUGCAUGAGAAGGAGCUCUGGAAGAAGUUCCACGAGGCCGGCACGGAGAUGAUCAUCACCAAGGCCGGCAGGAGGAUGUUCCCCAGUUACAAGGUAAAGGUCACAGGCAUGAACCCCAAGACCAAGUACAUCCUGUUGAUUGACAUCGUCCCUGCUGAUGACCACCGCUAUAAGUUCUGCGACAACAAAUGGAUGGUGGCAGGGAAGGCUGAACCGGCCAUGCCAGGAAGGCUGUACGUCCACCCAGAUUCUCCUGCCACUGGGGCCCACUGGAUGCGGCAGCUGGUCUCCUUCCAGAAACUGAAGCUGACAAACAACCACCUAGAUCCCUUUGGCCAUAUCAUCCUCAACUCCAUGCACAAGUACCAGCCACGGCUACACAUCGUUAAAGCUGAUGAGAACAAUGCUUUUGGCUCCAAAAACACAGCCUUCUGCACCCACGUGUUCCCAGAGACCUCCUUUAUCUCUGUGACCUCCUACCAGAACCACAAGAUUACACAGCUGAAAAUUGAGAACAACCCCUUUGCCAAGGGAUUCCGGGGCAGUGACGACAGUGACCUGCGUGUGGCCCGGCUGCAGAGCAAAGAAUAUCCUGUGAUUUCCAAAAGUAUCAUGAGGCAGAGGCUUGUCUCCACCCAGCUCUCAGCCAAGCCCGAUGUCAGCCCCCUGCAUGGCGCCCAUCAGGCCCUCCAGCACUACCAGUAUGAAAAUGGGGCUCACAUGCAGUUUGCUGCAGCUGAGCCACAGGACCUUCCCCUCAACACCUUCCCAACACAGAGGGACUCAAGCCUCUUCUAUCACUGCCUGAAAAGACGAGCAGACAGUGCUCGCCACCUGGACUUACCCUGCAAGAGAUCCUAUCUGGAAGCUCCUUCUUCAGUAGGGGAGGAUCACUAUUUCCGCUCUCCCCCUCCUUAUGACCAACAGAUGCUGAGUCCCUCCUACUGCAGUGAGGUGACCCCAAGAGAAGCCUGUAUGUACUCAGGUUCAGGGCCUGAGAUUGCUGGGGUGUCAGGGGUGGAUGACUUGCCCCCACCCCCACUGAGCUGUAACAUGUGGACUUCAGUCUCACCGUACACCAACUACAGUGUUCAGACCAUGGAGACUGUGCCUUACCAGCCCUUCCCCACGCACUUCACUGCUACCACUAUGAUGCCUCGGCUACCUACCAUCUCUGCUCAGAGCUCCCAGCCACCAGGAAACACCCACUUCAGUGUCUACAAUCAGCUCUCACAAUCUCAGGUCCGGGAACGGGGGCCCACCACCUCAUUUCCAAGAGAGCGAGGCCUCCCUUCAGUGUGUGAGAGGAAACCGCCCUCUCCACACCUGAAUGCUGCCAAUGAAUUUCUCUAUUCCCAAAGCUUUUCCUUGUCCCGGGAAUCUUCCUUACAGUAUCAUUCAGGAAUGGGGACUGUAGAAAACUGGACUGAUGGAUGACUCUUACGUCUCUUAGACAGACUGAGGACCAUGUUAAUCCAUUAUUAACCUCUGUGGGUGGCCUGCACUACCAAGAAACCCUCACAGAAAGGUAUUUCCCAAGGUGUGUGUGUGUGUGUGUGGUAUGUGUAUGUGUAUGUGUGUGUGUAUGCAUGUGCAUAUAUUUGGAGCACAUCUAUCUUCUGACAUACAACUGAGGCCUUGACAAGAAGAAAAAAACAAUGAUCUAAGCAGUGAUUUUGGCUGCAGGACCUGAGUCCACUGUUGUCUGACAUCUCUAACAUGCCCAUGGGUGCGAUAGAAGUGGAGGGUUCAUAUGAGUUACUUAAUGAUUUUUAUAAUACAAUCUUUAAUUCACUCAGGGGCCAGGUGGUGAGGCCACUUCCACAGGAAAAGCUGGGGAAGAUUCUCACUGCUAGGGUAGGAAGAAUUU